AUGAGCAACGAGUCCGAUCAAAUUCAAAGCGAAUCCAGUGGAAAAUAUUUCAACAGAAUUCUCACAAACGCAAGUUCCUGGUACACCAAAACUAAAUCAAGAUUCCCAAUGGUCGAAUACAGCAUUGACAAGAUUUCCCCUAUCAUUUCUCCUUUCAGCUCUAAGCUGACCCAAUACAGCACUCCUCUAAUAGAAAAACUAGACCUAGCAGUCGACUCAGUGAUCCAACAAGGCCAAAAAACCCUUGAAAAAAGGCCUUUGCCAGAAGGAUGGGUUAAGAAAGCACGCCAAAUGGCAGAGUCCACCAGUGUCUUAAUCCUCUCAGGAGCUGACGAUCUCUAUAUAUGGAGCUCCACAGUCUUCGAGAAAUACCACAUUGAACAAAUUUACCGAGUCCCUAUUGACAUGAGCACCAGAGCUUUAACUUCCAUGUGGCAAAUCCAAAGGGAAAUGGGCCUUAGAGUUGUCGAAUUUUUGGACAGCCGAAGAGAAUAUAUAGCCAACACAAAGCUUUAUGGGAAACUAGAUCACGCAUUAGGCCUCAACGAGAAGCUGGAAACCGCAAUAGAUUACUAUGACGAAAUCAAAGAUCUCAAAAAAGAAGACAUAUUGGAAAAACAGUGGCCACAGAACGUCAGAAGCAUGUUCGACAAAAUGCUGAGCUCAGUUGGAGGAGAGUCCAUUGUGAUAUAUUUAGACGGCAAAGUAUGGAAUAAGCUGGACUACGACCAAGACGGAGUUAUUACAGUCAAAGACUUGGUGGACUUUGGAAACCCUAAAACUCUUUUGGAAUGGAGCAAGCAAGCUUUUAGCAAUAUAAAGAUUCCACAUCAGAUCUUAAAUUAAUUUAUUAAUAGUUAGGCAUUGCCUGCAGACAUUGCUAGGCUAUCUCUUUCAAACCUCCGUGCCUCCUCUUGAGUUAAAAUCCAUCCUUGAAAGCAGACUUGGACUAGGCUCUGAUACGUCAAGAGUCGCUUGCCUACUAUUGCUGUCCGGAAAACCUUUCCGGAUAGAAUUAAAUAUGUAAUUGAAGUAAGCUAACGUAUCCAACCUCAAAGCGCUUAAGACGCCAUAUUUAAUUAUAUUCCACACCAGAUCAACGGCGGAGAAAUAAAAGCUGAAGCCUAA